ACAUGUCAUGAAGAUACUAGAUUUUUCUGAACUAUGUAUUGAAAGUUAGGAUUUGCAUUGUUGCGAAUCUUGUAGGAUUGUGUCACUGCUAUAAGAUUUUAAGAUCUCAAGUAACUUACAGGAAAACUAUGCUUCACACAAUCAAAACGGUUUUAACCUGUCCACCAGUUUCAGUCCCACGGUCUCUCUCUUCAAACGUUGGUCGACAGACUUGCGCACUUAGAUUCUGCACCCAAUCCGACACCGACAGAGACAGUGCUCAUAAGAUGGACAAGACUCAGAAGCCGAGUGAGGAAACUACUCAUGGUUACGGGGAUGCGAUGACUCAUUCGUUUGGGGAAGGGUAUGCCACGAGGUCUGAUGAAGAAGGAUUUGGGGGAAUUUACGGUGGGAACCAAUCCACCCUUAAGACGGAUGAAAAUCACCCAGCUUAUGACAAGACGCAGGGAAGCGAGGUGAAGGAGAAGGAAAAGGCGAGGCACCAGAGCAGCGCCAACGCUUAGGUUACCUAUAUUUGUGGACUGUGGACUGGUUUUAUUCACGAAACGUGCUACAGUGUUAUUGACUUCUCUUUCAUGCUUUAUUUAUAAUUUAUUUUUAACUUUGAAUUUAAAAUGAAGCUAAAUGGACUAUUAUCUGUAAUGUAUUUAUAUUCAGUGAGUUUACAUUGACACUACGGAACAACGUCACUUUACAUUUAGAUGGUUCUCAUUGUCUGGCACGCCAUGAUUUUGUCGCAUAUUCUGGGUGUGAAACUGAGCAUAGACAUUUGUUCAGGAAUGGAACAUCCCUUACUCUAUGGUGGCCAAUUCCUACUACAGGGGAGAUUCCUUUCCUACAGGAGGAAUUGCUGAUUCUCAUUUUGACCACUGGAAGCUCCCUAUAGAAACAAAAUGACUUGACUUGCAAAACCUUGUUCUACCCGAUGAGCAUUUGUUCAGGAAUGGCACAUCUGAAAUUAAGACGAGUUAGUUCAUAUUAAUAAUUUCACAUUGCCCAUACGGUAGCUGGAAAAGGAAUGUGUAGAGUAACGAUAGCUGAAGAAAUUUUGAUAUCGGUAUAAGCAGAGGUUCAAGAAGCCUUGUGCAUAAGUAGUAUUAACAUAUGGGUGGCCCUGCCCAUGAGGGGGAUGGGCGACCGUCCAAGGGCUUUGUUAUUUUAGAGGCAUCAAUUUAUUUAUUUUUACUUAUUACUAGUAGUUAGUAGUAUAUACAUAUAUUUGAAUAAAAAAAUUAUAGUUAAAAUUAUCUUUAUAUACAGAUGCAUAUAUAUAAUAAUAGUGAACAUUAAUAAAUGCAUUAAAAAUCUAUGAAAAACAAAUGUAUUAAUGGUAAGUUGGUAACGGUGGAAUUAUAGAAAUAGAAAAUCUUAAAAAUUAUAAAUUUCUAAUCAGUGGAGUAAUGCUAGUAAAAAACGGUAGAAUAAUGGCACAAAAAUGGAGCGAAAAUCUAAAUGUUGGGAUAACUAAAGAGUCUUCUAAUCCUACUCUUAUAUCAAUACCCACAAUUCUAAUUUUGUACUACAUCUAAUCUAUCUCUCUAUUCCUUCUCUAAUAUUUGAUAAUUUCAAAUAUCUACGUUUCUUGCUAUAAGUCC